GGGGACGCGAGGCGACUUGGAGGAGGGUGAAAGCUGUGGAUUCUCCCCACACCGGCGGUGCGGUGGCGUCGCUUCCCCUUCUCUCUCCUCGAAUGAUUCAGCUUCCAAUCCCUCCUCCCCGCGGGCCGGGCAGCGGCUCGGCACCCUCGGCUGCGGAUGGAUGAUUCCCGAGCAAACUCCCGAUUUCUCCUCCCCGCACGCACGGCUGCCCCUUCCUUAGGACUGGCUUGAACACACCUUGAGCCCCGCGCCCAGCGCCGUUGCGAGCGCCGCCCGGAACUGCGGCUCCGCGGCGAGGGCCCCGGCUGGGGGGUCGUGCAUGCUUGGCUGGUGGCCGCUGCCCGCUCGCUGCGGGGUGGAGGUGGGACUGAGCAGCCAGCCGCGAGCGAAAACAAACAGCUGGGGUAACGAGCGCCCCCGGCCCGGCCCGGAGAGCACGCCGGCCCCGACUCCCACCCGGGGCCGUCCGUACGCCCGUCCACCAUGAGGAAGAUCCGCGCCAAUGCCAUCGCCAUCCUGACGGUAGCCUGGAUCCUGGGCACUUUCUACUACUUAUGGCAGGACAACCGAGCCCACGCAGCAUCCUCGGGCGUCCGGAGCGCGCAGAGGGCCGGAGCAAGGCCGGAACCCUUCCGCGAGGACCGCACCAUCCCGCUCAUUGUGACAGGAACACCCUCGAAAGGCUUUGAUGAGAAGGCAUACCUGUCAGCCAAGCAGCUGAAGCCCGGAGAGGAUCCUUACAGGCAGCAUGCCUUCAACCAGCUGGAGAGCGACAAGUUGAGCCCAGACCGGCCCAUCCGGGACACCCGCCACUACAGUUGUCCAUCUGUGUCCUACUCCCUGGACUUGCCAGCCACCAGUGUCAUCAUCACCUUCCACAAUGAGGCUCGUUCCACCCUCCUGCGCACAGUGAAGAGUGUCUUGAACCGAACUCCUGCCAACUUGAUCCAUGAGAUCAUUUUAGUGGAUGACUUCAGUUCAGAUCCUGAAGACUGCUUGCUCCUGACCAGGAUCCCCAAGGUGAAAUGCCUGCGUAAUGACCGGAGGGAAGGGCUGAUCCGGUCGCGGGUUCGAGGGGCAGAUGUGGCAGCGGCUGCCAUCCUCACCUUCCUGGACAGCCACUGUGAGGUGAACACCGAGUGGCUACAGCCCAUGCUGCAGCGGGUGAAGGAGGACCACACCCGAGUGGUGAGCCCAAUCAUCGAUGUCAUCAGUCUGGACAAUUUUGCCUACCUGGCAGCAUCUGCUGACCUUCGCGGAGGAUUCGACUGGAGUCUGCAUUUCAAGUGGGAGCAGAUACCCCUGGAGCAGAAGAUGACCCGGACAGACCCCACCAAGCCCAUCAGGACGCCUGUCAUCGCCGGUGGAAUCUUCGUGAUUGACAAGUCCUGGUUUAACCACUUGGGAAAGUAUGAUGCCCAGAUGGACAUCUGGGGGGGAGAGAAUUUCGAGCUGUCCUUCCGGGUGUGGAUGUGUGGCGGGAGCUUGGAGAUUGUGCCCUGCAGCCGAGUAGGCCAUGUCUUCCGGAAGCGGCAUCCCUACAACUUUCCUGAGGGCAAUGCCCUCACCUACAUCAGGAAUACCAAGCGGACCGCAGAGGUAUGGAUGGACGAAUACAAGCAGUACUACUAUGAGGCCCGGCCCUCGGCCAUUGGGAAGGCCUUUGGCAGUGUGGCCUCACGGAUUGAGCAGAGGAAGAAGAUGGACUGCAAGUCUUUCCGUUGGUACCUAGAGAAUGUCUACCCUGAGCUCACUGUCCCAGUGAAGGAGGUGCUCCCUGGCAUCAUUAAGCAGGGGGUAAACUGCUUGGAAUCCCAGGGCCAGGACACCACAGGCGACUUCCUGCUGGGAAUGGGGAUCUGCAGAGGAUCUGCCAAGAAUCCUCCACCUGCACAGGCAUGGCUGUUCAGCGACCACCUCAUCCAGCAGCAGGGGAAGUGCCUGGCGGCCACCUCCACCUUAAUGUCCUCCCCGGGGUCCCUGGUCACGCUUCAGGUGUGCAACCCCAGAGAAGGCAAGCAGAAAUGGAGGAGAAAAGGAUCUUUCAUCCAGCAUUCCGUCAGCGGCCUCUGCCUGGAGACGAAGCCUGCCCAGCUGGUGACCAACAAGUGUCAGGCUGAUGCCCAGGCCCAGCAGUGGCAGCUGCUACCGCAUACAUGAUGGCAGCCCCUAGCCUCCUGUACCUUUUGCAUGAGACAUGGGGACUGAAAGGGGUUAGGGAGGGGGAGUGUCAAGCAGGCCGUUUCCAUCUCCUUACAUUUCUGCCAGAUCAUCAGCAAACACCCCUGCCACGACACGUUUCUCCAGAGCUUCUUCUGGGGAGACUGUGGCGGUGGGGGGCACACCCAAUGCCCACUGUACCAACUAGGUCUUUCCCUGGGAGAGGAGAUGGUCAGGUUGCAGAUUGUUGCUGGGCAGACACUGGGCAGGUGCCCCUGGCCCUUUGUCCUCUCCCUUAGUUCUUGGGGCCUGGUGGUGCUGCGUGGGCCCUCCUCUUGCUGCCCAUGGGAGCCAGGACAUAAGUCCACACAGGAAUCACUCAUACCCAUGCUCACAGGGAUAGUACAAGAGGAGAAAGUGGCAGCAUGUGUAAAGAGGCUGAAGGCUGGUGCAGGUGAACAUGAAGAGGGUGAGAAAGCUCAGGGUCUGUUUGAGAGCUGUCAGGCCUAGGGGUUGUGUGGGAGAGGUGCGAUCCUGCGAGCAAAGGAUGAGGACUUUUCAGAAAAUGGAUGGAGGAGCAGCAGCAAAGCACCAAAAGAACAAGAUCUCUUCCCAGGACAUUGUCCUAUCCACCACACUCUGCCACCCAGAGCCUGAACCCCACAUGUGCCUCUGGUCCUGACCCCGGGGAUAGCUACAGUCUUAGCAGUAGGCUGCAGAGAAAGCUGGGGAAUCAUCUCUUUAAACAGACUCCACUUUUCUGUUUGGCCAUGUGUCAGGCUGAGACUUCUCUUUUGGACCUUAAUAGCCAGCUGAUGCCAAGUUUUAUCUGCCUGGCUUUGCACCCCCAGUUUUUUAAAGGUUCUUGCCUCUGCAAAUAGACUGUCAUAGGGCAGUGGUUCUGGUAAGAGAGACCUCCUUCUUGGAGCAUGAACUAAGUCACUAGGGGCUAAGUCACACAGACCAACCCUUAUCCUGGGUCCCUUCCCCAGGCCUCUCAAUGACCAGCUAUGGCUGUGUGCUUGGAGACUGGCUACCAGCUCUAUGUGGUGUAGACCAAAUUCCCUCUCCCAGCCACGGAGAACAUGUCUGCCAUACCUGGCCAGGACCUUGUCUUGGAAUCCUUCUGCUACUCUCUCAUGGUUCUCUCUGCUGCCACUGGCUUCAGUAGUGUGAUCUUGGACAAAAGACUUUUGGUACCAUGUCCCCAGGGGUCUUUCUCCCCAAAGCAAAACAAGGGGGAUACUCCUACCUGGUCUAUGAAAAACUAGAACUUUGCAGAGGGAGUUCAUAGAUUCCAGAAGGUCUAAGGUUCCCAAAAUAUCGUCCCCCACUUUUGUGGUUCAUGGAUUCCUCUGUUUCUUAAAUCCAUCUCUGAUCCUCCAAGGCGCUGAACCUUUGCUCUUUAUGGGAUUGGAGCCACUGUCUGGCGGACUGCUGCCCCCCAGUCCUUUCCCUGCCAUGCCCAAGCCGCCAUUACCCUGUUCCCUCCACCUGGCCCAUGGGGUUGGAAGCCAAGUGUCUGGUCCACAGCACUCUCUCUGGAAGGUUUCCUCAAAUCUCUGGCUCUCACCAGCACCCUCUCUGCAAUGCUUCUGCACCUGGGUGUGCGUGCACCCUGCACUCAGUGCAGAGCCCUUUGCCUCGGUGAUCAUGCUUCCCCCGUUCUCUGUGGUGAUGUUACACUGGCCACCAUCGGCAGACCUCACCUUGGAUCCUGUGUCCAUCUGGGAAGCCUCUCCUGCAGCCAAGGAUGGAGCUGAGGCCAGGAUGGAGGCCUUUCCCUGGUGGCCUGGGUAUGCUCCAGCAUGGACCUUCAGGCUGGGCACCUGGACUUCUCUGGUGGUGAUAAUGUAAGGGCUGAUGCUCAGAGGGCCUUUGAGAGAGCCUCUCCCCAGACGCUGUGAUCAAACCAGGCUCAGCACUCGUCCACUGUGGGGACUCAGUCCAUUCCUCCUUAUGCUUUUCCUCUUCUUGACCAAAGCAUGUGCCACUAGAUGUCCUUGAGGACGAUGUCUUUAUGAAACACACCUGGAAUAAAACCACUUCUUA